CUCCCUGAAUGUUCCGAUUAACAAACAGUAAACAGCCAUCAUAAGAAUCACAAUACAACUAAAACACGAAAGGAUUAAUAGUCAGAAUUGUAUACCUCUGUUAUCAUCAACUAGGGUUCUUGCAAAUGGACGCGACGACCACCGUGGUGCGAUCGCCCUGCAAAGCGUCGAUCCUCAUCGGAAGACCCAGCAUAUUGGCGCCCAACGGCUGCAGCUUCGCCCGCUUCGAUUCCAAUUUUCGCUUCUCUUCUUCCGCUAAGCUAUACACUUCUGUUGCUAUUCCCAAGCAAGGGCAACGGAGACUGUGUGUUGGAAAUAGAAGAGGCUUAGUAGUUAGAGCUUCAUCGUCUCCGGAAUCAUCAGAGUCCGGUACCAAGAUUGCUCCUCUUAAGCUGGAGUCCCCGGUCGGCCAGUUUCUCUCUGAGAUUUUGAUUAAUCACCCGCAUCUUGUCCCUGCUGCAGUAGACGAGCAGCUUGAGCAGCUCCAGACCGACCGCGAUGCUGAUGAUCAGAAGGAAGCUCCUGCUGCUUCAGGCACUGAUCUAGUUUUGUACAGGAGAAUAGCAGAGGUAAAGGCUAAUGAAAGGAGGAAGGUUCUGGAAGAGAUCUUGUAUGCGUUGGUGGUGCAGAAAUUCAUGGAUGCCAAUAUUUCUCUGAUUCCCUCCAUCACCCCUGAUCCAUCUGGAAGAGUUGAUUCAUGGCCAAGUGAACAUGGAAGACUUGAGCAGCUUCACUCUGUUGAAGCAUAUGAGAUGAUCCAAAACCACUUGAGUCUCGUUCUGGGUAACAGAGUAGGAGAUUCAAUGACUGUGGCUGAGAUCAGUAAACUAAGGGUAGGGCAGCUCUAUGCUGCAUCAGUGAUGUAUGGUUACUUUCUUAGGCGAGUUGACCAAAGGUUCCAGCUGGAGAAGACAGUGAAAUUUCUUCCAAGUGCUGCAGAGGAUAAUAAUGUUGAUCAAAUUGUCAUGGGCGAUACAAGACAUGCUGGUGGUGAGGACACUCCUCAAGUUAUGUCUCAUCCUGAAGUCUCUGCUUUUCCUGGUGGUGAUGUCAGUCCUGGUGGAUUUGGAUAUGGGAUAAAGCCAACCAGGCUGCGUAGCUAUGUGAUGUCCUUUGACAGUGAUACACUACAGAGAUAUGCGGCAAUAAGAUCAAAAGAGGUUGUGAGCAUCAUCGAGAAACAUACAGAGGCAUUGUUUGGAAGACCUGAAAUUGUUAUAACACCCGAUGGGGCAAUUGAUUCUUCAAAGGAUGAAAACAUCAAAAUUAGCUUCGGUGGUUUAAAGAGACUUGUUCUAGAGGCUGUGACUUUUGGUUCUUUUCUCUGGGAUGUUGAAAGCUAUGUGGACUCGAGGUACCAUUUUGUCUUAAAUUAAAUUCUGCUUGCUCCUAUAUUUCCAUAGGCAAAGUAUGUAUAACCUUAGUGACAAGAAGUCCAAAUAUUGUUGUUUAGUGUUUACUAAUUAAUCUGUACAUAGUAUACAGUGAUUUUUGCUCUACAUUUCCCUUCCCUAACUAAGGAAAUGUUGUCGUCAUUUGUUUCCUAUAGCAAAUCCUUUCACAAAAUGGUAAUUUCACUAAUUUGGAUUGCUGUUU